AUGUUCCGAAAACCAGCAAAGAAGCGCCCACAAGUCCAGGCUCGUCAGCGGGACAAUGAGAGUUUGUUUGACGAUGGUGAUGUGGAAAUCGUUAAGGGCCUUAAACGACGAAAGCGUACUAAUCCUCUUCAGCAAUCUACAGUGAAAGAUUUAAAAACAGCAGACGCCACAGAAGGCACAUCGAGUGAUUCCGGCGAGGAAAUCGGCGGUGUUGUUGUGGAACACUCUUUCGCUGCUAGUGGAAGUUCUGCUCCGCUAGGGCCAAGUGACCAAGGAGCUACUGCUACUCUAGACAUUGACACUGAACAUGAAGCAGAUGCCCAGGCACAAUUUGAGCGUGUACAACAACAGAUCAAGGAGGGUCUCGUCAAGGAUGGGAAAGUCCUCUAUAAGGGUCAAGCAAUGUACGGGGCAAAAGAGGCGAAGGAUACUGUAAAAGGGAAUGCCAGCAGUGGAAUGAAUCGCAUUGGGCCGAUUCGUGCGCCUCAAUUUCUGCGUCAGACUGUGCGUUGGGACUAUGCGCCUGAUAUUUGCAAAGAUUACAAGGAAACCGGUUUCUGUACUUUCGGAGAUUCUUGCAAGUUUUUACACGAUCGUUCUGAUUAUAAGCAUGGGUGGGAGAUUGAACGUGACUAUGCAUCUGGAAGAUUAAACAAGGUAGACGAGACUAACUACGAGAUAAAUGAGGAAGAGGAUGAAUUUCCCGAAGAAUGCUACAUUUGUGGGAAGCCGUUUACAUCGCCAGUAGUUACCAGGUGUAAGCAUUACUUCUGUGAGACUUGUGCGCUGAAUUCGUUCAGGAAAUCGAAACGAUGUCAGGUUUGCGGAGAAAAUACAGGAGGAGUGUUCAAUGUUGCUAAAGGUGAGCUGAGCAGUUCACUUAACUUUUUAAACAAUGUUGUUAGCAUAUUAACGAUGAUACAUCCCAAUGUUGAUCUCAUUGCGAAGCUCGCAGGUACGACAAAAACUAGAAAGGUAACAGAUUCGGAUUGCGAGACUUCUGAUGUAGAAGAAGCGUCAUGUAGUAAGGAUGUGAAAGAAGAAGUUAUCGCUGCAGACGAUGGUAAUCCUCAGGAAAUCAAGCAGGAAUUUUGCGAGCAGGGCGAAGAUCAUGAGGAAGGGACCGAAAUUAAGAUGGAAAAUAUAGAAGAAGAUGAAAUUGGAGGUGUUGGUGAUAGCGAAAGUGAGGAGCAUUCCGAUUCUCAAGAAGACACUGAUAGUUGA